UGUUGUGCUCUUUGGAAGGUAUCAUUCAAAACAGUUCCAGUUCUCUAAAGAGGAGAUCUAAAAUUAAAAGUGAAAAUAAUUGAGUGCAUUUGAACUUCUUGGCAGAGUAAUAGUAUCAAAAUACGUCAAAAUAAAUUUGGUUUCAUUUUCUCUUUAGAGGAAAACAAAUUCACAAUAAACUGGAAAGUAUAGAAAGAAACCCGAAAGGAAUCUCAUCAAUAUUUGACAUGAUUUUUAUGCAGUUUGAAUUGCGCAUGUUCUGAGAGAGAUUAGGCAUUUUUAGGUAAUGGUCCAUAUGCGAAUACACAAGUUGCUUGUUCCUGUUGUCAGUGUACAAAUUGAUAACAACACAUAUCGUUUAUCGCUCAAUUUUUAGAAAUCCAAAUAGAGUGUUUUUAAUUGGACGUUGGAUAAACCAUUCGUAUUUAAUAGGACAGAGGUUGUGCCGAUUUCCACGCGUAUAUUUGUAAAGUUGUCUCAAGGUUAAAAAAUGUGAACGAAGCGUGGUUUAUCCUUGUUGCAGAUUUAUUUAUGAUCAGGUAGAGCUUCGCUAUAAUAAAUAGUCGAGAGGAAUGAAUACUCAAAUAACAAACACAAAAACUGUACGAAUCAGAGCUAGAAGUCAAGAGCUGAACGAUUUUGGAAAUAAUAAAAAUAAUGAUUCUAUGAAUGGAUUUGUACCGAAGUGCAAUGACGAAACAAUUGAAUCCAAUAUUCAAUUUUUAAAGUCAACCGAAAAUGAUGAGAAGGGCUAUUCUCAUAAUAAAAACGUUGAAUCCUUGCCCAGCAGUAAAAAGAAUAAAGCUAUUGUAGUAAAUUUUGCAUCUGGUACUAUGACUAAAAGCACAAUACAGCAUCAAUAUGUUGGCAAUACCUCACCUCACGUACAAAUAUGGAGUGCACAAUAUAAUCACUACAGGAUAUGCGUAACAGUGAUAUGUCUUUCAACUUUAUUCGUUGGGCUAGUAAUCGGUUAUGUACUUUCUCCUUUACUUGGAUAUUCACAAAGCUGCACACUAAGACAGAACUGGGAAAAUAAGCGGCAAAUUUGUCUAUCAGAAGAAUGUGUGAGAACAGCAUCUUCAUUACUCGCAGCCAUGGAUCGAACUGUUGAUCCUUGUGUUGAUUUUUUUCAGUUUGCUUGCGGAACAUGGAACAAAAAACAUGUGAUACCAGAAGACAGAAGUUCUAUAAGCACGUUUGAGGUGCUAGCAGACCAACAACAAAUGAUAUUGAAAGGAGUUUUAGAAGAAUCGACUGAUAUCAAUGAUAAUCAAGCAACUAUUAAAGCAAAAAUGUUUUAUAAAAGCUGCAUGGAUCUACAGCAAAUUCGCCGAAUCGGUAUAAAACCUUUACGCCACGUGCUCAAGCUGCUUGGCGGUUGGCCUGUAACCGAACAACAAUGGGUGCCUCCCACUACUAGUGUGGAAUACUUACUUGGACUGCUAAGAGGAGUCUACAGUGAACCUGUGCUGGUUGAAUUAUAUGUUGGAGCUGAUGAUAAGAACUCAAGUAGGAAUAUUUUACAGAUUGAUCAGCUUGUUCUUGCACUUCCAUCACGUGAUUACUAUUUGAAGACAAGCAGUGAAGGUGAUCUCAAAGCGUACCAUCGUUACAUGACACAGAUUGCAAUAUUGCUUGGUGGUGAUUCCAAAAGAGCUUCGGAAGAAUUACAAGAUAUUAUUAAUUUUGAAGUACGGUUAGCGAAUGCAUCACUCCCAGAAGCAGACAGACACGAUACCAGUGCAAUCUACAAAAAAAUUACGUUGAAUCAACUGCAGUAUAUAGUACCGCAAAUCAAUUGGAAAGAAUAUUUGCAAACGACUUUGGGAAACGUCAAACUUGAUGAGAAUGAAGAAAUUGUUAGCUACGCGAUGCCAUAUUUGAUAGAGAUGGGUCGAAUACUUAAUGAAACCGAUAAACGAGUAAUACAUAAUUAUGCUAUUUGGCGAUUCGUAAUGUCGAUUAUGACCCAUAUGAUCGAUGACUAUCAAAAAGAACGAGUUGAAUUUAAAAAAAUUCUGCUUGGUAUUCAAUCUGAACGGCACAGAUGGUCGCAGUGUGUAGAGUGGACUAACAAAAAAUUAGGAAUGGCUGUAGGAGCUCUAUUUAUUAGAGAUAAUUUCAAUCACGACAGCAAAGAAACUGCUCUGGAAAUGAUACACACCAUUAGAGAAGCAUUUAAUGAGCUUUUAGCUGAUAACCAUUGGAUGGAUGAUGAAACUCGAUCAGUUGCCAAAGAAAAGGCUGACAAAAUGAAUGAAAGAAUCGGUUACCCAGAAAUAUUAACGAACUCUGCAGAGCUCGAUAAAGAGUAUAUAAAUCUGACUAUCUCGAAAGAUCAUUUUUUGAACAACAUUCUGAAAAUACUGAAAUGGGAGGCUGAACGUAAUAUGCAAAUGCUAAGAAAACCAGUCGAUAAAGAUAAAUGGACCACAGAACCCGCUGUAGUAAAUGCAUUUUAUAAUCCCAACAAAAAUGAUAUAGUAUUUCCAGCAGGUAUACUACAGCCACUUUUUUAUAGUCAACAUUUCCCAAAAUCACUUAAUUAUGGUGGCAUUGGAGUAGUAAUCGGCCAUGAAAUUACACACGGAUUUGAUGACAAAGGACGCCAGUUUGACAAAGAUGGGAACAUGAUGCAAUGGUGGAAUAAUGCCACCAUUCAAGCUUUUCGUGAGAGAACUCAGUGUAUAAUAGAUCAGUACUCUCGUUACAAAAUAAAUGAAGUUAACUUAUAUAUGAAUGGAAGAAUGACUCAAGGAGAAAACAUAGCCGAUAAUGGUGGACUCAAGCAAUCAUUUCGGGCUUAUCGGAAAUGGGUUAAACAUCAUGGGCCAGAACUCGAGCUUCCUAGCAUGAACAUGACCCACGACCAACUGUUUUUCUUAAAUUAUGCUCAGAUUUGGUGCGGCUCUAUGCGCCCAGAAGAUGCUCUGACCAAAAUACGAUCAUCGGUGCAUUCUCCAGGUAUUGUGCGUGUUAUUGGUCCACUGUCCAACUCCAAAGAUUUUGCAGAAGCGUAUAAUUGUUCGUUGGGAUCGCCUAUGAAUCCAGUCAACAAAUGCAGUGUGUGGUGAAGCUUCAUUGUAGAAAUUUGUUCUUUAGAUAACGAUCGUUUAUUACCGUGAUAUAAAAAAUUAUUACUGUUUUGUUCUAAAAAUAUAUCCUAAGAUGAAUGGAGUUUACAAUUAAUGUUGAUUAUUUGAAAACCAAAUUGUAAAUUUAUCAUAGCUCACUUUGAUACAAACUUUGAACAAACAUGUCCGCAUUUUGAAUAACAAACAACUUUAUAUAUUUGACACUGAUCCUAAAGUGGAAUAAAA